GCCCCGCAGAGGGAAUGGCAACAGCCUGCUGGGAGCAAUGUGGACUGCCAGCUGCCGAUCUCGCUGUUGACAGUAAAAGCAGAUAUGUUCCUUGCUCACUGCCACUAGUACUGACCAUGACCCUUCACACCAAAACCUCUGGAGUUACCCUGCUGCACCAGAUUCAAGGCACUGAACUGGAGACACUGAGCAGACCUCAGCUGAAGAUUCCCCUGGAAAGAUCUCUCAGCGACAUGUACGUGGAGACCACCAAGACAGGAGUUUUUAACUACCCAGAAGGAGCCACCUAUGAUUUUGGUACUACGGCUCCCGUCUACAGCUCUACCACGCUCAGUUAUGCUCCUACGUCUGAAUCUUUUGGGUCCAGCAGUCUGGCAGGAUUUCACUCCCUGAACAGUGUCCCACCAAGCCCGGUGGUGUUCUUGCAAACGGCACCCCAGCUGUCGCCCUUCAUCCAUCAUCACAGCCAACAGGUACCCUAUUACCUUGAAAAUGAUCAGGGCAGCUUUGGGAUGAGGGAAGCUGCUCCUCCAGCCUUCUACAGACCGAGCUCCGACAACAGGCGCCACAGCAUCCGGGAGAGGAUGUCCAGCACCACCGAGAAGGGGAGCCUGGCCAUGGAGGCCACCAAGGAGACGCGGUACUGUGCCGUCUGCAACGACUACGCCUCAGGGUACCACUACGGGGUCUGGUCUUGCGAGGGCUGCAAAGCCUUUUUCAAAAGGAGUAUUCAAGGGCACAAUGACUACAUGUGUCCUGCUACUAACCAGUGCACCAUUGACAAGAACAGAAGGAAGAGCUGCCAGGCCUGCAGGCUGAGAAAAUGCUACGAAGUGGGAAUGAUGAAAGGUGGAAUCCGGAAAGACCGCAGAGGUGGGCGAGUGAUGAAACAAAAACGCCAAAGAGAGGAGCAGGAUUCCAGGAAUGGGGAGGCUUCUUCAACAGAGCUGCGAGCUCCCACCCUUUGGACAAGUCCACUGGUGGUUAAACAUAACAAGAAGAACAGCCCUGCCCUGUCCCUGACGGCAGAACAGAUGGUCAGUGCCUUGCUGGAAGCUGAGCCACCUGUAGUUUAUUCUGAAUACGACCCAAACAGACCAUUCAAUGAAGCCUCUAUGAUGACCCUGUUGACCAACCUUGCAGACAGAGAAUUGGUGCACAUGAUCAACUGGGCAAAAAGAGUUCCAGGAUUUGUGGAUUUAACACUCCAUGAUCAGGUCCAUCUACUGGAAUGUGCCUGGUUAGAAAUACUGAUGAUCGGCUUAGUCUGGCGCUCCAUGGAACAUCCAGGAAAGCUUUCGUUUGCACCUAACCUGUUACUGGACAGGAAUCAAGGGAAAUGUGUAGAGGGCAUGGUGGAAAUCUUUGACAUGCUGCUGGCUACUGCUGCUCGGUUUCGCAUGAUGAACAUUCAAGGGGAGGAAUUCGUGUGCCUUAAGUCCAUCAUCCUGCUCAAUUCUGGUGUGUACACUUUUCUUUCCAGCACCUUGAAAUCUCUGGAAGAAAAAGAUUAUAUUCACCGUGUCCUGGACAAAAUCACAGAUACUCUGAUACACUUAAUGGCUAAGUCAGGUCUUUCUCUGCAGCAGCAACACAGACGACUGGCUCAGCUCCUCCUCAUCCUCUCUCACAUCAGACACAUGAGCAACAAAGGAAUGGAGCACCUGUACAAUAUGAAGUGUAAGAACGUAGUUCCACUCUACGAUCUCUUGCUGGAGAUGCUGGACGCUCACCGACUGCACGCCCCAGCAGCCAGGAGUGCUGCACCCGUGGAAGAGGAGAACCGAAGCCAGCUGACAACUGCAUCAGCUUCAUCUCAUUCCUUGCAGUCUUUUUAUGUAAACAGCAAAGAAGAGGAAUAUGCAGAAUACAAUAUAAACGGAAGUCAGCAUAUACAGUGGUAUGAGAAACCCAGCAGUGUUCUACCUAGCUCAUGCUCCAUUUCAUCUGUAGUGCCACCUUUGAAAACACUCCAGUGAACAGACACCAGCAUUUUCCAUAUGAGUGUUUGUCAAGCGCUUGCCUAAAUUGAUUGCUUAUCCUAAAUGGAAGGCAUUUCAUUGCCAUGGAUAGCAGGCAAGGAUUGUCUGGCUAACUUGAUUUAAAAUUUGUAGUGUUUUAAUUUAAUUUUGCAUGUUAUUUGGGUAAUUAAGUCCUCAUCUGAAGCAUACAUUCAUUUUACUAUAAAUUGAGAGGCCAUAGCACCCAUGCAUAUUGGUAUCUUCAUGAGUGGUGGUCUUUGUUAAUAGCCAUCCAAAAUCCUGAGCUCACUUAGUCCCUUACUUGCUUGAAACUUUGAAGCAGUUUGGUGGAGAUUCUGUAUGACUUCUUGGGCAGUGUAAGGAGAAAGCUGACUGGCAUCUUAGUGUGCCAUAGGGAAGCUGCACUGCGAGGGACUGCCUUGGUAGUCUAGUUGGAUUCCUGCCUCUUUUCUUCCUACAGUAUAAAGGAACUGCUGUCUGAGAAUUAUAGUAUUUUACCUCGCUGGCUUACAUCACCAGACAACUCCCUUUCAGCCUCAUUCUGACCAAAUGUUUAGGUACCCUUACCAUAUUCCCUAGAUUAAUUGCUUUGCAUGCAUGCUGUCUUGUCUGAUCCUAGAAAGCUAAAUAAUUUUGUUGCCCAAGAGUGUAAAUCCAGGGCAACAUGGCAAACAGUGAUAACACAGAGAAUUACUCUUGAAUCAGACCAGAUGAUUACAAAAAUCAUAUGGUCUUCACACACAUACAGGAUCCAGCACUAUU